AUAAAGCAUAAAAUUCUGAUCUAUCGAUAUCAAAUCCAUCGCUCAGACACUUAACGAUCAGUCUUCGUAAAGAACGGUGCCUUGCCCAUCAUGUGCUCAUUUUUUGGUCAUCCAUAAGUCGAGCUUUAUGAGUUUGAGAACGGUAGGAGAAAGAAGAAUCGGUAAUUUGGCCGCGCACGGCUUAUUGAAUAUCCGAAAUUGCGGGACAUGCUUAUCAAAAUAAAUUUACGAAAAAUAUGAAGCGUCAAGCUGUCUCUACCGCUGGCGAGACAUUUGCAGAACAGGGGAUCUUAAUUCCUACCGGAUGAAAUCGUCGAAAAAUAAAGCCAACGAGAUGUGAACGAGAUCGUCCAUUGAUUCCGACUAUUUCGUAACGAACGAAGUGAAAUUACUUCUCUCUGUAGCAACGUCGACAUCGCGAAGAACUUUGAAAUCAGGUUAGGAAGGAGGAUACUACGUAACAAAUAUCGGAAGCUGCCAAUGUGAACACUAACCUCUUGAGAAACAGUGAAGUCCAAUAAGCGAUAAUGGUUAGUAUUCAACAGACUAUGAAAUUAAAUGAGAUUCUGAUUCAAUUCUAAUUUAAGUAAUCGUUUCUCGAGAAUAACGAUCCACUGCCAAUGAGAGCCUAAUAAUUCUGUAUAUCACAAGAUUGAAAGAGAAACAUAAGAGUAACGUCGAUGAUGCAAUUUAAGAAAAACAUCGGCAUUCAUUAUUCCAUGUUUGUUUAAUUACAAUCGCAAUCCUAUAAAAUUAGGAGCGCGCGUUAAAGAGAGGGGAGGGAAGAAGGUGCAGAAAGAAAGAAAGAGAGCUGGACAAAUCCGCACCGAAGUCGGUGAUAUGUGUCGCGCUGGCUCCCGGAGCCUCGAUGACCUUGACCCCGCGAGCAUGAAGCACCCAUCGAGGUCAGCGGGUCUCGAGGUUGCUAUGGCGCUUUUCGGCAUGGUUUGGCUGCUGCGCGUCCGCUCUGAGAUGCGUCGUUGCUCGAAAUGUCGGCACGAAGAGAUGCUCGCACAGCAGCAACAACAGCAUCAGCAGCAGAUGCAGUUGCAGCAGCAACAGCAGCAGCAUCAUCAUCAUCACCACCAGCAUCACCAGCAGCAACGCACUCUGUCGCAGGCUACCAGCUUGUUGCAGACGAUGUCCGAUGACGGUGUCAGCUCUUCCGCCAAUACCCUCUUCACGUUGGACACUCCUGGAGCGGCUGGCCCGGCCGGAAGUUACUGCGAAGUGCACGGAUACGUUCAAGCAAAAGAAGAUAUCCAGGAGUUUUACGAGCUGACGCUGCUCGACGAGUCGAAAUCGGUACAGCAGAAGACGGCAGAGACGAUCCGCAUCGCGGACAAAUGGGAAGCCAGCGACGGGCCAAUCACGCCGACCUUUGCUCAGAAUGACGAUGGUCCAGCCUCCGCCUUGCCGUUGACCCAGACUCUAUCGAACAUUUAUGGCCGCAGAUCGGCCAGUCCUGAUGUUCCAGGCUCCAAUCUAGAUGAAACUCAGAAACCGAAGUUCGAUGGUACAGGGGUGGAGGAACAAUUACCACCACCACCGUCGCCACCCCAACUGAAAGAAGCGGCCCAGCUAGAUGGAGUUCCCAGACUGAAUUCAGUCGACCGUAUCCUUCAUCCAGAUGGUAUUCCGCACAUUAGCCAUGAGACGCUCAACAAGAGCCAUGACAGCUGGCAGGGACACGAUAGUGACCAGGCACACACUCCUCUUCUCGCGGCCGACACGAGACACGUGAAUGGCGACGAUGAGUGGGACUAUGAGGACAUUAUUUUGGAGCGGGGCGGGGCGGGCCUAGGUUUCAGCAUUGCCGGCGGCACAGACAAUCCCCAUUACGGCAACGACACCGCCAUUUACAUCACUAAGCUUAUACCGGGCGGUGCCGCGUCCGCGGACGGUCGGCUACGUGUCAACGACACGAUACUGCAGGUGAACGACGUAUCCGUUGUCGACGUACCGCAUGCGGCCGCCGUAGACGCACUCAAGCGGGCCGGCAACACCGUCAAACUGUAUGUACGCCGACGGAAACACACGCAGUUGAUGGAGAUCGAGCUGAUCAAGGGUAACAAGGGCCUUGGCUUCAGCAUCGCCGGUGGUAUCGGCAAUCAACAUAUACCAGGUGACAAUGGAAUCUACGUGACCAAAAUCAUGGACGGUGGGGCCGCCCAAGUGGAUGGUCGCCUCGUUGUCGGCGAUAAAUUGGUAGCCGUCAGGAAUGCUCUGCAGGGCGAUAAAAAUUUGGAAAAUGUGACACACGAAGAGGCAGUGGCGACCCUAAAAGCAACUCAAGAUCGCGUCGUACUUUUGGUUUCCAAGACGGAAGGUGGAAUCAUCCCUCCACCUCCUCCUCCAAUAGCGACGGAUAAUUCUCUCUCACCUCAGCCACGUAAGCAAAACGGCUCCGUGUCCGCGAUAGAAAACAACACCGCGGCUUUACCAUACUCGCAGGAAUCACGCCACGCGUCAUCUCUUGCUCUGCACGGUACCGGGACACCACGGGCAGUUUCCCAGGAGGAUGUGUCACGGGAAGUUCGAACCGUGGUAUUGAAUAAAGGCUCUCCUGGUCUGGGUUUUAACAUCGUUGGUGGUGAAGAUGGUGAAGGUAUCUUCAUCUCGUUCAUUCUAGCCGGAGGUCCGGCCGAUCUCAGUGGUGAAUUACGCAGAGGUGACCAGAUAUUGAGCGUUAAUGGUAUCAAUCUCCGAACAGCCACUCACGAGGAGGCCGCCGCGGCUCUCAAGGGUACUGGUCAAACAGUGACAAUCGUGGUGCAAUACAAACCGGAGGACUAUAAUAGAUUUGAGGCGAAGAUCCAGGAUCUUAAACAACAAAUCUCGCAACAGAAUGUAAUGACAGGCACCCUCAUGAGGACCUCUCAGAAAAAAUCACUCUACGUGAGAGCGUUGUUCGAUUACGACCCCAACAAAGACGAUGGUCUGCCGAGCCGCGGCUUGGCGUUCCGUUAUGGUGAAAUCUUGCACGUGACGAACGCUAGCGAUGACGAAUGGUGGCAGGCAAGAAGAGUCACCCCACAGGGCGAGGAAGAAGGUCUGGGUAUAAUACCCUCGCGCAGGCGAUGGGAACGUAAGCAGCGUGCCAGGGACCGCUCUGUCAAGUUCCAGGGGCACAUGCCAGUCAUUCUCGAUAAGCAAUCAACUCUUGACCGAAAGAAGAAGAACUUCUCGUUUAGCAGGAAGUUCCCCUUCAUGAAGAGCAAAGAUGAUAAGUCCGAGGAUGGCUCCGAUCAGGAACGAACGCCCACCACACCUGAGAAUGAGAACGAUCCCACCCCAUUCAUGCUGUGCUACACCCAGGACGACACUAACACUGAAGAUUUAUCUUGCGCUACAGGGAGUAGAGAAAUUUUGUUUCGCGUUCAGCUGCCGUAUAUGGAGGAACUCACGUUAGUUUAUCUGGAAAAGGAGGGCGACGAGCCCAAUGACGAGCUUAGCAGCGAAGAGAACGUGCUUUCGUACGAGGCUGUGCAGCAGUUGACGAUACAGUAUACGCGUCCCGUGAUCGUUCUCGGACCACUCAAGGAUCGCAUCAAUGAUGAUCUCAUCUCCGAAUUCCCUGAUAAAUUUGGCAGCUGUGUUCCACACACAACUAGGAGUAGAAGAGAAUAUGAAGUAGACGGACGAGAUUAUCAUUUUGUGGCGUCGAGGGAACAAAUGGAGAGGGAUAUACAAAAUCAUUUGUUCAUAGAGGCCGGACAAUAUAACGACAAUCUUUACGGAACAUCCGUUGCAUCUGUACGAGAAGUGGCUGAAAAGGGCAAGCACUGCAUUCUUGAUGUGAGUGGGAAUGCUAUCAAGAGGUUACAAGUAGCACAACUUUAUCCUAUUGCCAUCUUCAUCAAGCCGAAAUCGGUGGAGUCUGUUAUGGAGAUGAAUAAGAGGAUGACCGAAGAGCAAGCGAAGAAGACGUACGAGCGUGCUCUCAAGAUGGAACAAGAAUUUGGUGAAUAUUUUACUGCCGUCGUUCAAGGAGACACUCCCGAGGAAAUUUAUGUGAAAGUGAAGGAAGUCAUCUCCGAGCAAUCAGGACCGAACAUCUGGGUUCCCUGCAGGGACCAGCAGCUGUGACGUCCUGCCCCCCACGCUCAGCAUGGGCCCAACGCCUGGACCCUGCCACCGAGGCGACAAGCUUAGUUAUUCACGAUAAAUAUAAUUAAGUGAUGCUCUAACACCCUUUCCUAAUCCCUUCUUCCCUCCCGUAUCCCAUAUCCAUGUAGCACAAAGUCCCUACUUAAGACGCGUAACACAUGUAAAUCGCCGCAGAGAAUUUAAGCCGAAAGAAUACUUAAAGACGGUGGGACACACGAUAUCACCAUUUCCCUGCGGAGAACUGAUAAAGUCAAUCGGGACGCGUGAUUUAUUCUCCUCUAGGUUCAAAAUCUCAUAGAAGAUUAUUAAGAGGGAAAUGAGGAAAACUAAGCAUUCGGGCGUGCUCAUCAUGUUGAAUUUUAUCGUGACUGAUGUUUCUGAUAACAAAAAAUGACGGAGAGAAAUUCGUAACUUUUAUCGCAUGAUCGUCGAUUAUUCGUGUGUGUGAUCGUCCCUAAUUUUAUUAAUUAACCUCGCGAAAGAAUUUAGAGGCGUUGUAUGUAUGUACAAUUGCUCGAGAAGAUUAGAUCGGCGUAUGUCGAAACUGAAUUAGCGGGCAAUUCGAAAGAGUUCUCUCGAAUUCGACUGAACUAUUAGCUACGAAAUGCGAACGCUUUUUCGGUCAUACUCGGGCACGGUAUUUUUUAAUGUACUUAAGCGCAGUUAGCGCGCCGAGAACGUCGAGCGAAUUCGACGAACUCGAUUCGAAAAAAAACGGGGGUAUCGCGGAUAAGAGAAAAAAACCGUAGCCCCCCAGCGACGUUGUGUAUGUGUUAAUGAACCUCACAGGAUUAAAAGAAACAGUAAAAAAAGCAGAAAAAAAGAGAAGAGAAACCUCACAGGACAAAUCUUUAGAUGCUAGAUACACAUAACGAUAUAUAAUGUUUUGUACAGCUAGAUGACUAAGCCAGUAAUUGGGUUAUGUGCAACAUUAUAUUUGUGGAAUGGGCGAUACGAGGAGAGAAAAGAAAAA